AUGAACCCUAGAUCAAAACCCGAUUCGGCGACGGUGUUGUCCUCCUAUCCAGAUUCUGGUGGCCUUGGGUGUGGCUAUGUGAUGAAUAGAUGGGGCUUCGCGGUGGGUUCGUUGCGUCUUUACAAAAGCUGGUGGAGUGGAGGGUUGUUGCGGGAGACACAGUUUCGGGGGAUGCAGGAAGUGCGGCGGAAAAGAGAGGUGUUCAUAAAAAGGGAAGGGACAAAAGAGAGCUUAGAAAGGGAAGGGACAAAAGAGAGCUUAGAAAGUGACCAGGAAUUUACUUCGAUCAAAAGUUUUCUACAUGUUGUUGAAUCUGAGUGUUUUGGAAUCUGUUUGAUGAUAACAGUCUUGCAGCUGGCUCAAUUACCCAAUAUUAAGGUUGCGACUGUACUCCUCUCUUCUGCUUUUGCCUACGACAUCUUUUGGGUGUUCAUAUCUCCGUUGAUAUUCCAUGAAAGUGUCAUGAUUGCAAAUCCAAGAGUUGCUCUUCAACCGCCGAGAAUGACUGGGGCUAUGGAUGUGUCAGAGUCAGGACGUGAAUAUGGGGCUAAAAACACUGACGACACCCCUGUGACGGGCACUUCUCAGAAAACUCGAGGGGGUGCUGAAUCUCGAUUUCGGAAAAGAAGCAAAUAUUUAUCUUACCCCUACACAAAUAGUGAACCAAGACUUAAAAGUUUUCCAGCUGAAACAGAAGAAUCAAACACUCCAAGUCCCACCCCUAAAGCAAAAGCUUCAAGCAGAACCAAAAAUUCAUCAGCUGUAGUAAAAUGUCUAGCAGUCCAAAAUUCAUCGGUGCAUCUUCCAGUGACUUACUUUCAAGAGCAAUGUAUCAAUGAAGAUGUUGAAGAGGACGAUAUAAAUGAUGAAAUUCAAGAGGACGACAUAAAUGAUAAAAUUCAAGAGGACGACCUAAAUGAUAAAAUUCAAGAGGACGACGUAGAUGACGAAUUUCAAGAGGACGACAUAGAUCUAGAUGAUGAAUUUCAAGAGGAGGAUAUAGAUGGUGAAUUUCAAGAGGACGACGUAGAUGAAGAAUUUAUGGAGGAUGACAUAUCUAACGAAUUUCAAGAGGACGAUCUGGAUGCUUUACUCCUAGAAGACAAACUUGAAUGA